CGUGUUUGCAUCCCUUGCAUUAAUUUUCUCAUUAGUUCUCUGUGCCUGGUUAAAAACUGUCUUCUGUAAUCCGUGUUCAAAUGGAGAAGAUCAGGUCCAGGGAUAGCAUGGUCAGGAAGGUCAGGGAGUCAUACUACAUCCAGAAAUUUAACUCAGUGAGGUCCCAGGAUGGGUACAGGGCUGGAGUACAAAGGAACCAACCCUUUCUUGAACUAACAGAGGAUAUUACAUUCGAACCUUUACCAACAGUUCUGAAUAACAAUACAGCUCGUGCUGAUGAUUUGGAAAGGAUCUCUUUAGUUUACAGUAGAGAGGCACUCAGAUACAAUGGAACUAUUGGACAAGGAUGGUUUGGUUGGAUAGUAGAGGGAAGCCUGCAGGGAGGUCUCAAGGUGAUAGUGAAGAUGCUCCGGGAUGAUGCCAACCAAGGGGAAGUGGAGAGGUUCAAGAUGGAACACAAGAUCUGGAACUCAGUCAGGCAUCCAAACCUAGCUGGUGCUGUUAUGGGCAGCUUUGACUCCUUCCCUCUUCUAUCUAUUCUCGAAUAUACACAUUUCAAAAGUGCCAAGACAUAUUUGAGAGAACAUCCAAAUAAACUGGAUAGUUCAUUACAACUUCAGCUGUGUAUGGACGCUACUGCUGGUCUUGAUGCCCUGUUCAAUAAAGGAAUUGCACAUCCCGACCUUGCAAAUACUAAUUGCUUAACGUAA